AUUUAGUUGCUGUGAGUUUUACCCCGAAAGCUAGUCGAAUAGAUAUGACGUGACAACUCUCUCAUAAAAUCAAAACGUUAAAUCAAGUAUAUCUAGUUAAGAUUUCAUGGUGAGUAUGUUAAUUUUUAAAAUUGCGUGAAAGAUUAUUAAAAUGUUAAGUUUAAUGCAAAACGUGAAAUACAAUGUUGAUCAAACAACUUUGAUCAAUCUGUUAAAGAAAGUCCAUUUCUGACUUUCCAAAGAUUGUGAUUAUUUAUUCAGUAAUGACUGACUGUUUAUUGCGUUUCUUUUUCAGUCAUUAAUAUCGUAAAGAUUAUUAGAUCAAAUAUGGUAAACCCUACCUUGAAAAAAGCUCUCUUUGUAUGUCUGAUACUAGUUGGAGGAGUGACAUUUAAGCAUAUAUUGAGAUUAUCAUUUCCCAGUUUUCAAAUAAAAAUCUCUGUGGACGACAAAUCAAAAAUUGAAGUCCACAAUAUCUCGAAAGUGAUACAUCGGGACCAUCACAGUAAUAAUGGCCUCACUGUGCAGAAUAGUAUUAAACCUUUAGAGACUGAUGGUCAAAGUAUAGCAAUUGGUAUGGGCAUCACAUCGAGAAGGAUGCCAAUUCAUGAUGUGGAAGGAACUCUAAGAAGAAUACCUCUCUUUCGUCACUUUUUACCAUCAUUUUGUAAAACUGUUACUGUAGAUUGGCAGUAUAAUUUCUAUUUUGGCUAUGAUGUGGACGACGGAUUUUUCAUCUCCGAAACUAAAAGACAAGCAUUUAUCAAACGCUUUCAGAGUAUAGUUCAAUCUUCUUGUCCACCAAAUAUAAUAGUUUUGAUACAUUUAGUCCACUGUGAUCACAAAGGCUCCCCAACAUGGGCUCAGAACGAUGCAAUGAUUGAAGCUUACAUAGAUGACAACUCAUAUUAUUACAGAGUAAACGAUGAUUCGCUGUUAAAAAGUACUAAUUGGGCUGAAGCAUUUGUUAAAGUUCUAAACGAGUAUGACCCUAAAAAUGUUGGAGUCGUUGGACCUCAUCAUAAAGGAGGGAACGAGGCAAUUCUUACAUAUGAUUUUGUUCAUAAAACUCAUUUAGAUAUUUUUGGAUUUUAUUAUCCUAGAGUAUUCACAGACUGGUGGGGUGAUGAUUGGGUCACCAAAGUAUACAGACCAGGAAGAUCGACAAAAUUAUUUUCGAUUAAAUUAGUUCAUACUCUCGACACUGGAACAAGAUAUAAAGUUCAUACGUCAGUUGAGGGAAAACUUGCUAAUCAGUUAAAUAGCGACAAGGUAACAUUAUAUCGAUAUAUUGAAGCAGUAAAACGCAAUAAGGAUUUACCCGAUCCUGACGGUACCAAGAUCAUAGCUAUGAGUUUGCCAGCUAAAUCUAAAAAGCAUUUAUAUGGAGCUUUGAGGAAUAUUCAACUUGUAAAAGUGUUCAUGCCAGAAUGGAUAUUGAGAUUAUAUGUUGCAGAAGGAGUUCCCCAACGCUGGUUAAACAAAUUUAAGCUGUUAAAGGCUCAAAUUGUACAACUACCAGCCAAUAAUGAACCAUUUGAGUUACAACCAUUUAAAAUUAUUGAGGAUUCCAGCGUUAAUGUGUUUAUAAUACGUAACGCUACGUCAAGACUUUCGGAAAGAGAUGCUACAGUAGUAAAAGAUUGGGUUUCAAGCCAAGCAGCUUUUCAUUGUAUUCGUGAUCACCCCAGGCACAAAAGCUCAAGGAUAGCGGGUAUUGGCACUAUAGGAGGAAGAAGAGAAAAGCUAAACCAACGACUUAGCGAAGCUGUAACUAAAUUUAGUCAAGUAACAUCUUCCUGGAAUUGGCUACAAACUACAUUAUUUGACCUAGUAAAGGCUGAUAUGCUCUGUCACGAUAGUGUGUCAUGUACGGACUGGCCAAAUUCUAGACAUUUUACUCAGAGACGCUUUAAAAGUGAUUUUAUAGGAAGAGUUUAUAAUGAGAGAAUGAAUCCUGAUGACAAAACUGCUGAAAAUGAAGUUAAAAGUCAUCCCGAUCCUCCCGAAUGUACAAAAACAACGCAAUAG